AUGAAGAUGAUGUUGGCGGCCCUGAUGUCUUCUGAUGGUCGAGCGAUUCUGCCAAAGUUGGUCUCAAAGCCCGACGCUCUGAGGAAGAUCUGCGAUUGUGCAGAAAUUGGCAGCCCGGAUGAUGCCCCGGACCUACCUGCCCGAUAUCUUACUAGCCAGUCCAUGAAGAGUCGCGCAUAUGCUGAAUUCCAGUGUACCUGCAAUCCCCGUCGAGUGUCCAAAACCAGGAAACGACGAAUAGGUCUGGCCUUUAUGGAACAAGAGCGCGUGACUGACAUGGUCCACUCACACUGGUGUCGAUUUGCACGCUUUAAUACGCCAUCAAACGACAAAUGGUCUUUCGGCAUCUCAGUCAAAGCGCUGAGAGGAAUUCUAAAUGCUGCUCUAACCAUCUCAAUGUCCGCCACUUUCGGUGCAGGGGGCUUCGGUCUAUCACCAUCUUUCACCUACUUCCCCAUCCGUGAGGAUAGCCCCGCGCUCCGGGUUUUGUCCAUUCUCCAAGAUGCUUUCGAAAAGCGGACGUGGAGCGAUGAAGAAGCUGACCAUUUACUUCGACGGGGCAUUCAGACUCUGCAGGCUACUAUUACGGCAAGAAAAUGGUCGCCUUUUGAUAUCGACAGACAUGGUCGCAGUCUUCUGGAGGCUGCCUCCAGUGGAUCAAAAUCUACGUGGCAAGGGAACCAGAUCAAGAUACUCGCCUUCUUCCUGAGUUUGGGGGUUCCGCGGGACCGGCCUAACAAUCUCGGAGCGUAA